AAGAGGCCGGCGCGGGCAGGUAAUCCCGAGCGGGCAGCGGGGCCGCCACCCUCCGUCCGACCCAGCCGAGCCUGUCCUGCGAGGCGGCCCGGCAUGUCCCCUCGGCGCCGUGUCCUAGCUGGGUCAACCUCCGCCGAGAGAAGGGGCCUGGACACUGGGUGUUCAUAAGAAUGGAAGCACUGUUUCUUUGCCAGAUUCCUUAUUGCUACAUCUUAUGAACCCACAUAAUCUUGGGGAAGAGCCUGUGUUUAAUGAUGACAAACCUGUCACCAGUGUAGCAACAGCGGUCUAAGGGCAAAAACGAAUAAAAAUAAAGAAGCAUUUAUAUUUAUAUUCAACAAAGAAGUCAUUUCAGUCAACACCUUCUGCUGCAUCAUUUUUCCACGAUGAACCGAUACACAACCAUGAGACAGCUGGGGGACGGCACCUACGGGAGUGUCCUGAUGGGCAAGAGUAACGAAUCAGGGGAGCUGGUGGCCAUCAAAAGAAUGAAGAGAAAGUUCUAUUCUUGGGAUGAAUGUAUGAACUUGAGAGAAGUUAAGUCUCUGAAGAAACUUAAUCAUGCCAAUGUGAUUAAACUCAAAGAAGUUAUCAGAGAAAAUGACCAUCUUUAUUUUAUAUUUGAAUAUAUGAAAGAAAACCUCUAUCAAUUAAUGAAAGACAGAAACAAGUUGUUCCCUGAGUCGGUCGUCAGAAAUAUUAUGUAUCAAAUAUUGCAAGGACUGGCAUUUAUCCAUAAACACGGUUUUUUUCAUAGGGAUAUGAAACCAGAAAACUUGCUUUGUAUGGGCCCAGAACUUGUGAAAAUUGCUGACUUUGGACUUGCAAGAGAAUUAAGGUCACAGCCACCGUACACUGAUUAUGUAUCCACCAGAUGGUAUCGUGCUCCUGAAGUUUUAUUAAGAUCUUCAGCUUAUAGCUCUCCCAUUGACGUGUGGGCUGUUGGGAGUAUAAUGGCUGAACUAUAUACGUUAAGACCACUUUUCCCAGGGACAAGUGAGGUUGAUGAAAUCUUUAAGAUUUGCCAAGUUUUAGGGACUCCCAAAAAAAGUGACUGGCCAGAAGGGUACCAGCUUGCGUCCUCUAUGAACUUCCGCUUUCCCCAGUGUGUUCCUAUAAACUUAAAAACUCUUAUUCCCAAUGCCAGUAAUGAAGCCAUCCAACUUAUGACUGAAAUGUUGAGUUGGGAUCCAAAGAAACGACCAACAGCAAGCCAGGCAUUGAAACACCCAUAUUUUCAAGUUGGUCAAGUAUUAGGCCCUUCCUCACAUCAUCUGGAAUCAAAACAGCCUUUAAAUAAGCACGUGCAACCACUAGAAUCAAAGCCAUCUGUAGUCGAUCUAGAAGCUAAACCUCUGCCAGACAUAAGUGACCAGACUGCCAGACAGCUCCAGCCGAAAACCAGCCACCAGCCGCUGCAGUCCAUCCAGCCGCCACAGAACCCGGAUGUCCAGCACGCGCCCAAGCAGCAGAGCCAACAGAAACAGCCGCCAACACUGUUUCCAAGUAUCAUCAAAAACAUGCCAACCAAGCCAAAUGGCAGCCUGGGCCAUAAAAGUGCCAGGAGGCGCUGGGGUCAGGCUGUGUUCAAGGCUGCAGACAGCUGGGACGAGUUUGAGGACUGUGAUUUCGGAGCCUCCCAUUCCAAGAAGCCAAGCAUGGGUGUUUUCCAAGCAACGAGGAAAAGAGAUUCUCCAUUUCGGCUUCCAGAGUCGGUACCCACAGGCUCCAGCCACUCCACAGGGGAAAACAAGAGCUUACCUGCCGCUAUCUCCCUAAAAUCUGAUUCUGAAUUGUCAACUGCUUCAACAGCUAAACAGUACUAUUUGAAACAAUCAAGAUACCUUCCAGGUGUAAACCCCAAGAACGUGUCCUUGCUAGCCAGUGGGAAGGAUGUAAACCCACACACCUGGAAUAACCAGUUGUUUCCUAAGUCACUGGGGCCCAUGGGGGCAGAACUUGCUUUCAAAAGGAGUAACGCAGGAAAUCUUGGAAGUUAUGCUACAUACAAUCAGCCAGGAUAUAUUCCUUCCUUUCUCAAAAAAGAAGUGGGGUCCGCUGGCCAGAGGAUACACUUAGCACCGCUCGGUGCAACAGCUUCAGAAUAUCCCUGGAACACAAAAACUGGUUGGGGGCAGUUUUCAGGACCUACUUAUAAUCCUACAGCCAAGACUCUAAAUAUUGUGAACCACGCACAGCCAGUCUCCUCCGUGCACGGGAGGACAGACUGGGUGGCCAAGUACGGAGGCCACCGGUAGGAGUCUGGUGUGAAGCUGCACAGCAUCGCUCCACAGAGUCCGUGCAAGUCCCCUGGCCCUGGGAAAUGUCUACAGAUGUCUAUUUCUACUGCGUUCUGGGAGAAAUGUGUAAUAGUGGGUACUCUGAAGAGCAAAAAUCAUCUAUUUUCUUUCUUUCCUAGAAAUGAAAUGCAUUUUCUUAGCAUCUUUGCCCACAGUGCUGAUAUAUGGGUAGGACUUUACAAAGUAUUGAAUAAACUAUUUGCCAAAGUAUCAA